AUGAUCUUUGCCGCUCGCCAGCCACGAGAGAAGUGCCAGGAGUUGCGGAUUCACUCCAACAUCACCUUCGUGGAUCUGAAGAAGGCCUUCAACACGGUAAAUCGCGAAGGACCGUGGAAGAUCGCGCAGAAGUUCGGUUGUCAUGAGCGACUAACACACAUCGUACGUCAACUCCACGAUGGUAUGCUGGCACGCGUAACGGAAAACGGCGCAAUUCCCGAGCCAUUGUCAGUGAGCAGGGGAUUGAACAGGGGUACCUACUGGCACCCACACUCUUCAGUCUAAUGUUUUCCGCCAUGCUAGCGAACGCCUAUCCUGAUGAGAGUCCAAGGAUCCGCGUCGCCUGAAGGACCGACGGGCACCUCACCAGCAGUCGGCGAAUGCAGGCCUCGAUGCAUCCCUCCAUGGCUUUUUUCCACGAUCUGCUCUUCACAGACGACUGCGAACUCAACACUACGACUGAAGAAGGCAUGCAACGGGGCAUAGGUCUCUCCGCCUCCGGCUGCGUCCACAUCGGACUGACCAUCAAUGCAGACAAAACCGUGGUCAUGUAUCAACCGUCACCGGACCCUACGUGCAACGUCCCUUGCAACCCUGUCAACAGCACCGAACUGAAGAUCGUGGACAAUCUCGCCUACUUGGGCUGUGGUCUCACACUGCGUCAGAAUCGAUCACGAAAUGGCCCAUCGGAUUUCCAGAACCAGCCAAUCCUUCGACCGACUGCAGAACUCCGUGUGAAAUCGCCACGGCUUUCGUUUCAGCACGAAACGGAAAAUGUACAAAGCCGUCACUUUUAUGAAGCUGUUGCAUGGAGCGGAAACCUGGACAGUCUACGCUAA